GGUGUGUCCAACAGGAUGCUGAGUCUCUAUAACCUUGCAGUCAGAGGUCUCCGGAUGCAGUCAGACUGCUCCUGAGAUCUUUCACUGGAAGAUAAAGCAGCCAGCAGUACACAGAAUUUUAUAUGGAUACUUUGCCCCCACGCUCUGUGGCGGAAACCGGUUAUAUGAGAGCCGAAGAGGAGGACGAGGAAGAUGAGGAGGAGGAGGGAGAGGAGGAAGAUUGGGAUAAAGACGAUAAAGAAGAGGAAAAAAAUGAAUCAGCCGUCCAGAAGCAAAAAAAACCUGCCUGGGCUCCAUGUUUCUACUACAGAUUGGAUAAAGAGGUCUACCAUUAUGUCGGGCAGGAGAUCAUCAUAGAAGAAGGUCUUGACUCCUAUGCAGGCAUGAUAUGGCCGGCGGCUCUGGCUCUCUGCCACUACCUGGAUACCCAUCGUGAACAGCUCAGUCUUGUGGACAAGGCAGUCCUGGAGAUCGGUGCGGGAACUGGCCUCGUGUCUGUCGUAGCAGCGCUCCUUGGUGCCUGGGUGACAGCCACAGACCUUCCAGUGGUCCUGAACAACCUGAGAGUCAACCUGUCCAGGAACACCAGGGGGCGUUGCAGACACACGCCCCAGUUGGCGGCACUGUCCUGGGGCUACGACCUGGAGCGCACCUACCCUUCAUCAGUGUAUCACUACGACUACGUGCUGGCAGCUGAUGUGGUCUACCAUCACGACUUCCUGGACGAGCUCCUGGUCACCAUGAAGCACUUCUGCAAACCAGGAACGACUCUGAUCUGGGCCAACAAGGUCAGGUUUGAGACUGAUCUGACUUUCACUGAGAACUUUAAAAAGGCUUUUCACACAAGCCUGCUGGCUGAAGACGGAGAGAUGAAGAUCUUCAUGGCAACAUGUAGAGAAGAGGAGGAGGGAGAAGCCAAUGUGGGCAUGGAAGUCCAAGGAUCCAAGGAGGAGGCUGAGGAUGAAGAGGAUGACGAGCUUUGCAAUGUUAAUAUAGAAAAAUGUAAAGGAAAAGAAAAUAAUGAUGAUGUAAGAGAGGAACCUCACAUGUCAGAGUCUGAAAGAGGAGAUGACGAGGAAGAAAAAAACAAGCUUGAGGCUGAUGAAGAGGAGGAGAUGGAGGAGAUAAUGGUUCUCAAACAUAACGGCUAUAAAGAGGAUGAGGAGGAUAAACCGGAGAGCAAUGACUCAUGUUGUUCAGCCAGUAAUGAAGAAGCUACAGCACAAGGGCACAUCGAACAAACACCUGUGCAGCAGUACACUAAACCAGUUUGGGUUCCCAGCAUUAACACUUGCCUUGGUAAAGAUAUCUACCAUUACGCAGGGCAGGACAUUGUCAUUUAUGAGUCCAUAGACUCUUUUGGAGCUGUGAUGUGGCCAGCAGCGUUGGCUCUGUGCUCCUUCCUAGACAACAACAGGCAGAGGGUGAACCUGCAGGGAAAGGAGGUGCUGGAGCUGGGAGCAGGAACAGGACUGGUAACCAUUGUGGCCAGUCUGCUGGGAGCUUCAGUCACAGCUACAGACUUACCUGAGGUGUUAGGUAACCUCCGGGCCAAUGUGAUGAGGAACACCAGGGGGAAUUGCAGACACACGCCCCAGUUUGCGGCACUGUCCUGGGGCUACGACCUGGAGCGCACCUACCCUUCAUCAGUGUAUCCCUACGACUACGUGCUGGCAGCUGAUGUGGUCUACCAUCACGACUUCCUGGACGAGCUCCUGGUCACCAUGAAGCACUUCUGCAAACCAGGAACGACUCUGAUCUGGGCCAACAAGGUCAGGUUUGAGACUGAUCUGACUUUCACUGAGAACUUUAAAAAGGCUUUUCACACAAGCCUGCUGGCUGAAGACGGAGAGAUGAAGAUCUUCAUGGCAACGUGUAGAGAGUGAGAGACAGAGAAGAUGUAGAUGGAUAACUCAAAGUGUAAUUCUUAGUUUACGUAAUAAUUUGUAAAGCCAUUUAAAUGUGUUUGACAGUUUCUCAGCUUCAAGAAAAUCGAACAUGCCUCACAGGUUUCUUUGGAUGGUUUCCUGCAAACUUUUGUAUAUGAAUUUAUAAAAGAUCAAGAGUGUCAGUUUGGUUCUAUAGUGGCUAGAAGAUUUAAAGGUAAAGGUUUACACAGCCUCUCUUCAUCUCCAGCCUGAACAAAAUACUGAAUUUCAGCUGCAAUUUUGCAGUUUUCUUCUGUCCAUUGGUGGUCUUGGGCUUUAUUACUGCUGUGUAGAAAGAAGGGCUUUUUACCUCUAUGUUCAUCAGGGCCUGAUUGUCUAAUAAUCUGUCCAUCAGAAGAGAGUUAGAGCAGGUUAUUCCCUGCUGGCUUCAUGUAUGUACAGAUUUAAAACAUAAUAUGCUCAUAUUUAAACUCUUUAUUAUUCACUGUUUACAGCUGUGAGAACUACAGGGGUUACCUCCUGUAGAGGCAGUACAAAAUGAAUUUUAGCUUAGCUGUUGUCUUUCGCUUAUUGAGAAUAUGAUGGUCUUUUUCACUCCACGUUAUCCACGUCUGACACCAUGUUUACUACCUUACGAAGCACUAUAUUUAGCCUGAAAAGCCUGUGCUACAUAAGGUUCAAUAAUCAAAUCAAUUAUCUCUGUGUGGGAGUGAAACAUUUAGUUAAUUAAUUAUAGUCAAGUAGACAGUUGUUUUUUUAAUUUUUUAAGAUCAAAUGCCAAAACAUUUGGUGGUUCCAGCUUCUCAAAUGUAAUAAUGGAUAAACCAUAUUAAUAAAUGUAAUUUUCAAAUUUCCUUUUUCACUCCUUUAAAGGCAACAAUUUAUCAGUGAAUAAAGAAAACUCAUGUAUUACAUAGAUUUGCAGCCAUUGCACAGUGUGACGUCUUGUUUUUUGUGUGUGAACAGUAUUUUUUUUUACACAUUUAAUAAAAAAAAUGAAUGAAAA